AUGGGUUUUCGGCAGAGUAAAUGUGAUAACUCGCUUUUUGUUUAUCACUCGGGUCGUCACAUGGCGUAUCUCUUGAUUUAUGUGGAUGAUAUUAUUCUCACUAAAUCAUCUAAAUCUCUACGGGUUUUACUUAUUUCUACCCUUGCAGGUGAAUUUGCUAUGAAGGAUCUAGGCCCUCUAAGUUAUUUUUUGGUUAUUUCCGUUCAACGGAAAGGGGACACGUUAUUCUUAUCUCAACAAUCUUAUGCACUGGAUAUUAUUGAACGCGCGAGAAUGCAAACAUGUAAAAGUGUUGCCACACCUGUUGAUACUAAACCUAAACUGGUUUCUUCUUCAAGUCCUCCAUUUGAAGAUCCCACUCUCUAUUACAGUUUAGCAGGUGCUUUGCAAUAUUUAACUUUUACUCGACCCGACAUCAACUGUGUAGUUCAGAAAGUGUGCAUUCAUAUGCACUCUCCGCGUAUAGACCAUUGGAAUGCCCUUGGACGGAUUAUCUGUUACAUUCAAGGAACGUCAUCUUUUGGCUUGCAUCUUGAAAACUCCACUGAAACUUCUUUACGCACAUUCACCGACGCAGAUUGGGCUGGAUGCCCUGCCACUCGUCGCUCUACUUCCGGCUACUGUGUUUAUUAUGGUGGCAAUCUUCUUUCGUGGUCUUCGAAAUUUCAAUCAACUAUCAAUCGUUCGAGUAGGGAGGCCGAAUAUCGUGGGGUCGCUAAUGUUGUUGCUGAAUUGUGUUAG